AUGAAUAUGAAUUAAUUAAUAGUUGAGAGAGAAAGUGACAAUAUUCGAAGGAUGAGUCGUCUGGCUAUCUUCAAUCAAAAAAGGUUUUGGCUGAAAGAAGAAGAAAAAUAAUAUACAGAGGAAAUAGAGAUAGAAUUCAAUAAACUAAAACUUGAAGAACCCACUUUAAAACUAGAAUAAUAAAACCUGCGAAAAUUUUGCAAGAAUUUUUAAAGUUUUGAAUAUUAUAAUGGGGAACCAAUUUGUGUAAAUGACUACUUUAUACGUAUCCUACCAGUUGGACUAAGAUGCAUAGUUAGUAGUCACCAAGGAGUUACUGUUUUAAAAACAAUAAAUGGUCUGAAAUAUAAAUUUUCAUCCUCGCUUCCAGGAGGGAGUUCGAAAACCAUGAUUGGUAGAUGUAUUUUGGAUUGUUUCCUGUGUGCCAACACAGUGUAUAUUUAUGAUAUUAUACAAUGGGGUAAAAUGGAUAUGAGCGAGUAAGUUGCAGAACUAAGAUAUUUUUGGAUAAAAGGACAUAUUCUCAGUCAAUUGCGUUAGGAUUAAGAAUCAGAGGACUACAUCUUUGAAUGGAUUCCAGUCAUCCCCUCAAUAUAUGAAUUGCAGAAGACUAUCUUUCCUUACACGAAGAAUGGGUUACUGUUCAUUCGCAAGGACUCCCAUUACUUUGCUGGAGUCAAUCCUGAGUGCUUUAUAUAUCAAGAUGAAUUUACGGAUGAAAACUUCAAGGAGGAAUGUCUCAAAUACAAGUUUGACAAUUCAAUUACGCUAACUCUUUGUCACUUCCAAAAUCAAUUAGAGACUAGGGACGGUUACAAGAUAGCUUAAUAUCAGAGCAGCAAAAACACCAAGGAGAUUGUUGAUGCUAAGGUUACAAUAACUAAUAAUGAGUUGAUUUUGGUUGAUAUUAAGGAUCCAUCCAAAUUUUUGGAAGAUCCUUAUUCUAAAAUAAUGUUCUGGAAGUUGUUACCUCGCUUAAAGAUACAAUGA